AUGAAGCGGUCACGAGAGGAGGGUUUUAUGACGACUUCUUCUCAGCUUAAACGACCUAUGUUAUCUUCUAGAGGAGAAGCUAGAGGAGAAGCGUCUGGGCAAUCCCUGAUGGUUAAUGGAGGUGGUCAAAAACUGACUACUAAUGAUGCCUUAUCGUAUCUCAAGGCAGUAAAGGAUAUUUUUCAAGAUAAGAGGGAUAAAUAUGAAGAUUUUUUGGAGGUCAUGAAAGAUUUUAAAGCACAAAGAAUUGAUACUGCUGGUGUCAUAGCAAGAGUGAAGGAUCUUUUUAGAGGUCAUAGAGAUUUAAUAUUGGGAUUUAACACCUUUUUGCCAAAGGGGUAUGAAAUCACCCUUCCGAACGAGGAUGAUCAACCUCACUCAAAAAAGCCUGUUGAAUUUGAAGAAGCUAUGAGUUUUGUGAACAAGAUAAAGACUCGAUUUCAUGGUGAUGAUCAUGUUUACAAGGCAUUUCUAGACAUAUUGAAUAUGUACAGAAAGGAAAAUAAGUCUAUCGACGCAGUCUACCAGGAGGUUGCUGCACUCUUCCAAGACCACCCGGAUCUUCUUGAUGGGUUUAUUCAUUUUCUUCCCGACGUUUCCGCUGCUGCCUCUGCUCAUACUGUUGCUCGGAAUUCUGGGUUUCGAGAUAGGAGCUCUGCAAUGCCAACAGUGCGGCAAGUGCAUCUUGAAAAGAGAGAAAGGACCAUUGUUUCACAUGGUGACCGUGACACCAGUGUUGACCGUCCUGACCCAGAUCAUGAUGGAAAUUUGUUGAGGGCAGAAAAGGAGCAUAAGAGACGUGUGGAGAAGGAGAAGAACCGUAGAGAAGAUAGAGACAAGAGAAAACGGGAACGAAGUGAUAGAGAUGAGCAGGGCAGGGGUCGAGAUAGGGAGCGGUUAUCCCAGAAACAGAAAUUUGAUCAUAUGGCUGAAGACUCGGGAGCUGAACCAUUGCAUGAUGCAGAUCAAAAUUUUGGUGUGUAUAGUCAAGAGUUAGCUUUCUGUGAUCAAGUCAAAGAGAGAUUACGAAAUCCUGACAGCUACCAGGAAUUUUUGAAGUGUUUACAUAUUUACAGCCGGGAGAUUAUUACUCGACAAGAAUUGCAGUCACUGGUGGGUGAUUUACUGGGAAAGUAUCCAGAUCUUAUCGAAGGGUUUAAUGAAUUUUUGCUACAAGCUGAGAAGAAUGAUGGUGGAUUCCUUGCUGGCGUCAUGAAUAAGAAGUCCUUAUGGAUUGAAGGACAUGGACUGAAACCAAUGAAGGCUGGACAGAGAGAUAGGGAUCACGAUAAAGAUCGUUACAGGGAUGAUAGUAUGAAAGAAAGGGAUCGUGAAUUCCGAGAAAGGGACAAAUGUUCUAUAAUUUCCAACAAGGAUGUUUCAGGUUCUAAGAUGUCUCUAUAUCCCAGCAAGGAUAAGUAUCUCUCUAAACCAAUAAAUGAGCUGGACCUUUCUAACUGUGAACGAUGCACUCCCAGUUACCGUCUCCUACCAAAAAAUUAUCCAAUACCUAUUGCUAGCCAGAGAACAGAAAUUGGCGCGGAAGUGUUGAAUGAUCACUGGGUGUCUGUCACUUCAGGAAGUGAGGAUUAUUCCUUUAAACAUAUGCGCAAAAAUCAAUAUGAAGAGAGUUUGUUUAGAUGCGAAGAUGACAGGUUCGAGCUUGAUAUGUUGUUAGAAUCUGUAAAUGUGACAACUAAACGAGUACAAGAAUUGUUAGAAAAGAUCAACAAAAGUCUACUAAAAGGAGACAGCCCGAUUCGUAUUGAGGAGCACUUAACAGCUCUAAACUUUAGGUGUAUUGAACGAAUAUAUGGUGACCAUGGUCUUGAUGUGUUGGAAGUGCUAAAGAAGAACGCGUCUCUAGCUUUGCCAGUGAUAUUAGCACGCUUGAAGCAGAAACAGGAAGAGUGGGCAAGAUGUCGUGCCGAUUUCAGUAAAGUUUGGGCUGAAAUAUAUGCCAAGAAUUAUCACAAAUCUCUUGAUCAUCGUAGCUUCUACUUUAAGCAACAGGACACCAAAAGCUUGAGCACCAAAGCCUUGCUGUCCGAAAUCAAAGAAAUCAGUGAGAAGAAACACAAAGAAGACGAUGUUCUUCUUGCAAUUGCUGCUGGAAAUAGACGGCCUAUUCUUCCAAACCUGGAGUUUGAAUAUCUUGAUACAGACAUCCAUGAAGACUUGUAUCAGCUUAUAAAAUAUUCAUGUGGAGAAGUUUGCACAACUGAGCAGUUGGAUAAAGUUAUGAAGGUUUGGACAACAUUUUUAGAACCCAUGCUUUGUGUACCUUGUCGGCCCCAGGGUGCUGAGGAUACUGAAGAUGCUGUGGCUAAGAGUAAUUCUGGGAGAAACGUUGCUGAAAGUGAUGGUAGUCCUGGUGUUGGUGCCACCAUAAUGAGCCCAAAGCAUAUAAAUACUUCUAGAAAUGGUGAUGACUGUUUGCCGUUAGACGAGUCAACUUCUAGCAAAGCAUGGCAGUCAAAUGGUGAUACUGGGAUUAUAGAAGAUAAAUGUCUUGAUUCAGACCAUAGAGUGCAUAAAAGUGAAGCCUUUUGCAAUAAUCUGCAAAACGGUAAACCGGAUAUAAUUGCGUUUGUGCCUAAUGAGCUAUCAGGAGUCGAUAAUGUCUCACAAGCAUCUGGAAUGGAGCUAAGUAAUAAAAGAAUAAAGAUAGAUAAUGCAUCAGGACUUGCUGUUACUCCAUCUAGAAAUGAUAAUGUGUCUGUCACGGGAGGACAUGAAUUGCCUUCAUCACAGGGUGGUGAUUCUGCCAGAGCAGGUACUUCCACAAAUGGGGCCAUUGCUGGAGGCACUGACCUUUGCAGGUAUCAAGAGGAAUCAAAUCGACAGUUCAAAAGCGAAAGAGAAGAGGUGCAUAAAGGAAAAGAUGAUGGUGUGAAUCAGCAAUACCAAAAUAGGCCUGGGGAAGAAGUUCGUGGUGAAGCCAGACGAGAAAAUUAUGUGGAUGCUGAUGAUGAAUGCGAAGAAAGUCCUCAGAGGUCCUCAGAGGACAGUGAAAAUGCUUCUGAAAAUGUUGAUGUGUCUGGAAGCGAAUCUGCUGACGGCGAUGAGUGUUCUCGAGAAGAGCAUGAGGAUGGAGAACAUGAUAGUAAGGCUGAAAGUGAAGGUGAAGCUGAAGUUGUGGCUGAUGUGCAUGACGUUGAAGGAGAUGGAACGUCAUUACCAUUUUCUGAACGCUUUCUUCUAAACGUGAAACCAUUGACAAAGCAUGUUCCCUCAGUGUUACAUGUGAAAGACAGGAAUUCUCAAGUUUUUUAUGGAAAUGACUCCUUUUAUGUGCUGAUUAGACUUCAUCAGACAUUGUAUGAGAGAAUACAAUCAGCAAAGGUUAACUCAUCAUCAGCUGAAAGGAAAUGGAGGGCUUCAAACGAUACAAGCUCUACUAAUCAAUAUGACAGGUUCAUGAAUGCGCUUUACAGUUUGCUGGAUGGUUCUUCUGACAAUACAAAAUUUGAGGAUGAUUGUCGAGCUAUUAUUGGAACUCAAUCAUAUCUCUUAUUCACAUUAGACAAACUGAUAUAUAAACUUGUUAAACAGCUUCAGGCUGUUGCGAGCGAUGAGAUCGAUAAUAAGCUUCUUCAACUAAAUGCAUAUGAGAAAUCAAGAAAACUUGGAAAGUUUUUCGAUAUAGUUUAUCACGAAAAUGCUCGCUUUCUUCUUCAUGAUGAGAACAUAUAUCGUAUUGAAUUUUCACCAAAACCAAAGACACUAUCGAUUCAACUUAUGGACUGUGGUAAUGUUAAACAUGAAGUGACUACUGCUGUGGCGGUGGACCCAAACUUUUCAGCCUAUCUGCUUAAUGAAUUCCUCUCUGUCCCGGACCAAAAGACGUCAGGGAUUUUCCUGAAAAGGAAUAAACAUGGAUAUGCCGGUAAUGAUGAGUUGUCAAGCCAGGUUAUGGAAGGACUACAAAUUAUUAAUGGUCUGGAGUGUAAGAUAGCUAGCAAUUCUUCCAAGGUGUCGUAUGUUUUAGAUACAGAAGACUUCAUGUUUCGGAUGAGAAACAGAAGAAAAGCUUUGCGUCUAAAGGGUUCACGCCAUGAACAAGAAAAGUCUUCAAACAUUCGUUCAAGCAGAGCAGCAAGGUUCCACAAUCUGCUUUCCUUCACAUGA